UUCCACAUUUACAGUCCAGGAAAUUUCACUUUCAUAAAGCCCUUCCUCUCCGAAAAGACUGGAGGUUAAAGGUCACACAGCCCAGGGGAAACUGCACCAUGGGGAAAUACAUCAGCAGAUGAGUGGCGGUGGAUGAAUCAAGGCAGUCCAGCAGAGGAGGAGCAGGAUUUGAAUUACAGGCCGCCCCCUCUUCAUCACCCAGCCCCCCAGCACAGACGCUACAUUCAACAGAGGAAACGGAAAAGACGAAACAUACAAGAAGGUUUUUCAUUUCAAAACCCCGGGGCUGUGGAAAGAACAGAGAGUUCCUUUUAUAUACCUAAACGUGUCCUCUUUUGGCUUUAUUCUGAGACCACAAACGCGGUCUUCCAACUCGUUCUUUCCAGCUUAAGCCCAUAUUUUCUCCAGCUGUUUGCAGCUGGAAGAAAGCACCCGCCCUGUUCGGGAAAAAGGGACCGAGAGUGACCGGAGGAGGAGAGAGAGAUGCCACCCCAACCUCCCCAGCCGCAGGUGAGGGAGAAUAUCCUGAAGUUCCUCACGAGUUUUUUGGGAAUCAUCCGCAUCCUGCAGAUUGUGUUUGGAGCCGGUCUGUGGGUCACCAUCGCCGCCAACAAAUACGAGGGAUCUAUUCACUUCGUCCUGUUCGUCGCAGUCCUCUUCUGGCUCCUCACCCUCGCCCUUUUCUUCCUCACGCUCCUGGACAAGCAGGACCUCGUCCCGCUGCUGGGAGGGGAGCGCUGGUUGACCACCAACCUGGCGCACGACGUGGCCGCCGCCGUGCUUUACCUGCCGGCUAUAGGUGUCAUGAUCUACAAGACGGAUCGCAACUCAUACUGCAACCUGGAGCAGUAUAAGCACCUCUGUCUGUACAAGGUCUACCUGACGGCCACCGUGUUCUCCUGCCUGUGCUGCCUGGCGUACCUCCUGUCUGUUAUUUAUGGGGCGUGCAGGAAGUGUCGGGGAGAACAAACGGUCAUCUGAUGAGACUUAAACGGGGGCAAAAGGGGACAGGGAGGAGGGGUGUGGGUCCUUGAUUGGGGGUGGGGUGGGGGGGGUUAUCCACAGCAAGAUGAGGAAUAGUUAACUUCACUGUAAUUUAACUCAACAGCUACUCUAAUCACAGGUUUGUCUCUACUGUCUCCCCAGAAUCAUCCAAAAAUGACUCCUUACAGUCGGUGUAUUUAAGGAUGUCUGACAUGUAAACACCCGAGCAGCUCCUGUUACAGAGGUCCAGCCACCCAGGAUGGGAGUGUGAUUGGAAAUGUGUUUGGAGGGUGUGUUGUACCCCUUCGUUAGGGCAGGUGUGACAUGUGUGUGUAGUUGUAGCCAAGCUCAAGCUCCAGCCACCUCUUAAGUUUGUUUCCCAGUAAUUUAAUGUAAUUUUCCCACACAAUGAAUCAUUAUAAUAUUCCUGUAUGGGCUUAUUAUAGUGUGCUAGCAGUAUAUUCAGUCUUAAGUUUACCAUACAAUGGCUUUGUUUUCUAGAUAUGUGUUGAGAUACAACCUCUCACAGGAUCGUCACAGCUGUUUUCACAAGGAAUUCUUUUCAAUAUCUUUUUUAAAAUUAUAUAUUUUUAUGUUUUUGUACAACAGCAAACUAUACUGAACACUUACUGAAGCGCGGCGGACUAAAACCCUGACUCUGAUUUCCUUCUGACCAGCUCUGUUUUAGUGUUGUCCGACACAAACAGUUUUUGUCAGCGCCUUCUGUCCGAAUGCUGUAUACUCAACAAGGUUGUGAUGACAACGACCCCACAAUAUGGAUGUGAUUGGUGCUACAACGUGUAUGCUGAAUAAAAAUAUUCCUUAAGUGUUCCUUAUGUAAAGCCAAAGAGCAAAAAGCAUACAAAUAAAGACCAGUAAGUGAGA